AUGGUUCCAUCAAAUAGUAGUAGUAACACAUUAAGUUUAUGUUCAACAACUAGUACACAAAAUUAUCCAAAGUCAAAUAGCACGAUCCUUUUAGGUACCGCUCUGGUAUACGUGCUUGACAAAAAUGGUAAUCAACACACUGCUAGAUUUUUGUUGGAUUCAGCAAGUCAAUGUCAUUUUCUUACCCGUAUGUGUUGUAGACGAUUAAAUUUAUCCAUCUCAAACAACUCGUCGACAGUCCAAGGCAUUGGGAAUGGAGUGAACCUAGUUAAAGGUGAAGUUCAUUUAGUUUUUUCGUCACGUUUGAAUGAAAAUUAUCGGUACCCCAUAGUAGCUUUAGUAGUAGAUAGAAUCACCGAUAAAUUACCCCAUUCUUUCGUCGAUAUUAAUACGAUGCCUCAUCUAAUGAAUUUAUCAUUAGCGGAUGUAAAUUUCCAUACCCCGGGCGAAAUAGAUGGAAUAAUUGGAGCUGAACUAUAUUCUAAUAUUCUCGGUAACAAUAGAAUUAUGGGAUUAGAUAAUUUUCCAGCCGCUUUAGAAACCACUUUAGGUUACGUUGUCAUGGGAAAAUCUCCUGUUUUAACCAAUCUGAAUUCACUUCAUAGUUUUUGUACAACAAUAGAACCCCCUCUGGAAACAUUAGUAGAAAAAUUUUGGAGUUUAGAGGAAGUUCCUUCUAAACCAAUUCAUAGUCCGGACGACAUCCAUUGUGAAACAAUAUUUAAAGCAACGUAUAAAAGACAAGCUUCUGGUCGAUACACAGUCGCUCUCCCAUUUCGCGAUAAUUGGUUACAAUUAGGUGAUAGUUACUUCGUGGCUUUACGAAGAUUUCAUGCAUUAGAGAAAAAAUUUAGACAGGAUCCUCAAUACAAAAUUCAAUACAGCCAAAUCAUCAAAGAGUAUUUGAAUGAAGGUUAUUUGAAAAAAUUAGAUAGAAAUACCGAUGUAGUAGAAAGUGCUUAUUAUAUUCCACAUCAUGGAGUUAUUAAGCUAGAAUCCGAGAGUACCCCACUUAGAAUAGUUAUGGAUGCUGGUGCCAAAUCCAAUAGUUCGUACUCUCUCAAUGAUUUAUUGUAUAGUGGUCCAAAACUCCAGGCGAAUGUUUUGACAUUGUUUUUAAUAUUUAGAUUAUUUGAAAUAGCACUCACUGCGGAUAUAAGACGUAUGUAUCUGCAAAUAGAUAUGGCCAAAGAUCAUAGGCGUUUUCAAAGAAUAUUAUGGCGUGAUUCUGAAGACGACGAUCUUUCGGUUUACCUAUCCUACCCUACCCUUUAG